AAGCAUGACGUCAUUUUGCAAAGUGUCUGUGAAGCAAAAGUGGGGAAAUUCGAUGCACAUGUGUGCGCAAGUAAGUGUGCUUUUUAGUGGCUGUGCAGUGUGGCACUCAGUGAUUCAAGUGUGUGGCAGUCCGUUGAGAAGUCGACGCCGUUGUAUGCGUAUGACUGCGGGUUGAGAGAUAACACGAGUGAAUUUGCUAAAGCAAGGGUGGUUCUGUGUGGCCGCACUGAAUUACUGCAGCCCAUGUGCUCUGCUUGUUAAAAUGCUUAUCAAAGAAUUCCGUGUCACUUUGCCUCUUAAUGUGAAAGAGUAUCAAGUGGCUCAGCUAUAUUCUGUAGCAGAAGCUAGCAAAAAUAAUACUGGAGGAGGAGAGGGAAUACAAGUGUUAAAAAAUGAGCCAUUCACAGAUUAUCCUUUGCUUGGUGGAAAAUAUUCUUCAGGUCAAUAUACCUAUAAGAUUUAUCAUUUAGCUAGUAAAGUGCCUGCUUUUAUUCGUAUUAUGCUGCCAAAGAAUUCCUUGGAAAUUCAUGAAGAAGCUUGGAAUGCUUAUCCUUAUUGUAAAACAGUUAUUACUAAUCCUGGAUAUAUGAAAGAAAAUUUUGUAAUUAUGAUUGAAUCAUUUCACAUUGAUGAUGUUGGAAAUCAACAUAAUGUUCAUGAAUUACCUCCUGAUAAAUUAAAAAUAAGAGAAGUAAUACAUAUAGAUAUUGCAAAUGAUCCAAUUGCAAAUGCUGAUUAUAAAGAGGAUGAAGAUCCAACUAAAUUUAAAUCUGUGAAAACAGGUCGAGGUCCUCUUAUUGGUAAAGAUUGGAAAAAUAAUGUCCAACCUGUAAUGACAUGCUAUAAACUAGUUACUUGUGAAUUUAAAUGGUUUGGUCUACAAAAUCGCGUUGAAAGUUUUAUACAAAAAGCAGAAAGGCGUCUUUUUACUAACUUUCAUAGGCAAGUGUUUUGUUGGAUUGAUCGUUGGUAUGGUUUAACUAUGGAAGAUAUUAGAGCAAUUGAAGAGAGUACGAAAGAAGAAUUAGAUAGGCAAAGAGAUCAAGGAGAAGUAAGAGGUAUGCGAGCUGAUGAUUGAAGCUUUGAUAGCUUCUAUUAUGGAUGGUUAAAUCAAUUUCCUUAUAUGUCUCAGAUACAUACGCAUACCUAUAGAAAUACACUCACAUAUGUUUUGUCAUAGGCGAUCCUGCAGGAUCGGGACAAUUUCCAGAAUUUAAGUGUUUAGAUUCAGUGUCUAUUAUAAUUACUUAUGAUUUUAAUUUAUUUACAUUUACAAGCGUUUUAGAUAAAUGUAUCUAUUGUCAAAGAUUAUAAUAUAGCAAUUAAUAAGAGAGAACUGAUACAGAUCAGUUCAACUUAUACGAUGUAUAAAAUAUUCAAAAAAAGAGUACAGAGUUCGAUAAAAAUCAAUUUAGAUGGGAAAAUAUGUAAUGUUAUUUAACACCAUAGUAGUUCAAUAUUAAAAUUUAUAAAUAAGUCGUUCGGAAUGCUUGCUAUAUAAUAUAAAUGAUGAAAUUAGAUACAAAAAUUGCGAAUUAAUAAUUCACAAUUUAUUAUUUUAAAUUUAUUAUAUUAUGAUUUGAAACCAAAAAUAUCACUAUAUUUAUAUAACAAUGAUUAUUUUAAUAAGUUUGUGCAGUAUGGCCUGAAAGUUUUUAAAUCCAAUUAUGCUCUGUAUAAUAAUCAGAAGAAUUAAAAAAAGUUAUUUUAACAGUUUCAAAAAAGAAAA